AUGCGCAGCCACGCUCCCCCGCGCGCCGCGAUGGUUCCGCCCGUCCUGCGUGACCCCGUCCGCGUCCCGCCCGCCCCGCAGCCCCGCCGCUUUGGUUCCCCCGCUCCGCUGGGUCCCGGCGCGGAGCUGCCUCCGGUGAUGGCGGCGGCGGCGGCGGCGGCGGCGGCGGCGGGCGGGGGGAGCCGCGGACUCUGGGGGCGUCUGGGGGACACCCGCCUCGGCCGCUGGUGCCGGGCGCUGCUCCAGGAUUAUUCCACCUCUCUCCGCGAAGCCGCGGCCGGAGCCCGGCGCCGUCCCGCGGCCACUGCGGCUGCCCUGGGCGUCCUGGGCGUCUCGGCCGCCUUGGCCAGCUCCGUGCCGGACCUGGAGUCGCUGGAAAGCGCGGCGGUGGCGGCGGGGGCGACGCUGGGGCAGCUCCCGCCGGGCUCCCGCAGCCCCCGCGCCGAGCGCCACGUCCUGCGGCUGCUGCGGCUGCGGGAGCGCGGCCGGAUCCGCGUCCGCAGCCUGGGGCUGGUGGCCGUGGCCGGGGCGUCGCCGCACGGCAGCGACCCCGCGCUCUACUCGGCGCUGUGCCCGCACCUGCGGCCGCGGCCCCGCGAUUUCGGGGCGCUGCUGCUGGACGUGGGGUUCCUGGGGCGCUGGUGGCUGCUGGAGCGGGCGCUGCGCGACUGCGAUGUCAACGAGGAGGAAUUCCGACACCUCCCGGAGCCGCUGCGCCGCCUCGACCCCCGCGACCUGCGCUCGGAGCGCAACGAGCGGCUCCACCGGGAGCGGCUGCGGCCCGUGGUGCUGAGCGAGGCGGAGAUCGGCGGGGAUGGGGUGGGGUGAGCGGCGGGAGGGAGCCCCGGCCGGUGGGGCUCGGGGCUGCGGUGAAAAGGGGCGGCUGUGACCCCCCUCCCGCUCCCGGCUCGUCGAACCCAUAAAAGCUUGGUUGUGGCUCGGA